AUGACCGGGCCGCCGUCCUCUUCCUACCCCGGCCAGGUCCCGCCGCCAGCCGCCGUGAUUUCGCCGGAAAACGAGGAGAAAAGCUCCGGUUUUGACAGAAACUUCGCCGGCUUCGUUCUCCGUCGUCCGGCCACCGAUUCCGGCAAGAAUGCAAUUGAUCGGAUCUUAAGAUACGUAAAGUCAGCACCUGGAAAAGGAUUAAUGUUCUCAAAAAAUAGAGAUCUCGAAGUUGUUGGAUAUACAUAUGCUAAUUGGGCUGGCUCCAUUACUGAUAGAUGUUCUACUUCAAGUUACUUGAACUUCGUGGGAGAAGCAGAGUAUCGAGGAAUGGCUCACAGAGUUUGUGAACUACUGUGGAUCAGAAGACUAUUGACAGAAUUGGGUUUCAAGUCAGGAAAACCAGUGGAGUUACAUUGUGAUAACAAAUCAGCCAUUGACAUUGCCCAUAAUCCAGUUCAACAUGAUCAAACCAAACAUGUUAAAGUGGAUAGACAUUUUAUCAAAGAGAAGAUUGAGAAGAAGAUCAUCCGCCUACCAUUCGUAAAAUCAAAAGAUCAACUGGAAGAUAUCUUAACAAAAGCUGUUUGUGGCAGAGUAUUUCAUAACUCACUUACCAAGUUGGGCAUUGGUGACAUAUAUGCACCAACUUGA